AUGAACCAGUAUCACAUAUACGAAGCAAUUGGUCGCGGCAAAUACUCCACCGUGUACAAAGGCAGGAAGAAGAAGACCAUUGAGUAUUUUGCAGUCAAAAGCGUCGAUAAAUCGCAGAAAACCAAGGUUCUUCAAGAAGUUAGGAUUCUUCACGCUUUAGAUCACGUAAAUGUGCUGAAGUUUUAUUCUUGGUAUGAAACUUCCGCUCAUCUAUGGUUGGUUUUGGAGUAUUGUGUUGGAGGGGAUCUGCUUUCCAUAUUACGGCAGGAUAGUCAACUUCCUGAAGAUUCAGUUCAUGAUCUUGUUUUCGACCUAGUCAAAGCUUUGCAGUUUUUGCAUUCAAAUGGAAUAAUUUAUUGUGACCUGAAACCAUCAAAUAUCCUACUAGAUGAAAAUGGAUGUGCAAAGCUAUGUGAUUUCGGAUUGGCUAGAAAGUUGAAAGAUAUAUCAAAGACUCCUUCUUCCUCGUUGCCUCAAGCAAAGCGGGGAACACCCUCUUACAUGGCUCCGGAGCUUUUUGAGGAUGGUGGAGUCCAUUCUUAUGCUUCUGAUUUCUGGGCCCUAGGUUGUGUACUAUAUGAAUGUUAUGCUGGAAGGCCUCCCUUUGUGGGAAGAGAAUUCACUCAGCUUGUAAAAUCCAUAAUGUCAGAUCCGACUCCACCUCUUCCCGGUAAUCCAAGUCGACCUUUUGUCAAUUUAAUUAAUUCUCUUUUAGUAAAAGAUCCAUCUGAAAGAAUACAGUGGCCUGAGCUUUGUGGACAUGCCUUUUGGAGAACCAAAAUUUCUCUGGUGCCUCUGCCUGCUCAACCUGCAUUUGAUGAUAUGAUAGAGCUACAUGCUAGACCAUGCUUGUCAGAACGUAAUGGAGAUAAAUCUUCUCAUAACAGGACCCCUCCUAAAUAUCGUGAAAAGGAUGUGAAAGGGGUGUUGAAGAAAGAUGAAAAUUCUGUUUUAGGAUCUAGGGGCAUUGAGACACCAAAUAGGGUAACACCAAUUGGCCACAGAACUCAGACAAAGGGUUCUGGCAGAACAAUUGAGGCGAAGCAGAAAGAUCAUUCCAAUAUUAGCAAGGGUGUGAAUCUUUUGAGACUGUCAAGAAUAGCAAAAUCAAAUUUACAGAAAGAAAAUGAGAAGGAAAACUAUCGACGCCCCAUGCCUAAUGCCUCUGAGAAUGAUUCUGAAGUUAGAAUUGAAAACACUGACAUGGAACUUGAUUUUGAUGAGAAUACUGAAGAUGAUGCGCAUGAAGAAACUGAUGGCUCUGAACAUCCAACUUCCGUGCCUGAUGAGAAAAUGGACAAUCAGGGAAAAGCAGAGGAGAUUGAAAAUAAUAUACACCAGUUAGACACCCCAUCUGUUGUUAACACUCCUGUCUCAGAUGAACCAAGGGCAUUUGAUCAUGAGUCAACUCCUGACCGUCCUGACAUAUCUGCUAUUUCUCCCAGUGUGAGCCCUCAGGUGAAGAAGCAUAGAGCUAAAGAAGACUCAGGAUCUGGCCUCGACUCUGAUUCUUCAAAGUCAUCUAACAACCUUUCCCAGGUUCUUUGGCAUCCAUCUGAUCUCUCUGUUAGACCUGUAAUGCCCAGCAGAAAAGUUGAUAAAAUCUCAGAAGUCAUUCCUUCACUUCCUUUUGAGGCUUUGCAAGCGUCUGAUUUUGUCAAGAUGCCUAAAGAGCAAUUGGAGGCAGUUCAGAACCGAAUUAUAGCCAUUUUGAACGGCAAUACCACCAUUGGAGAGAAACAGAAUGUGAUUAGGUACCUUGAGAUGUUGAGCAGUAAUGCUGAUGCAGCCAAUAUCUUGACCAAUGGACCAAUAAUGCUCAUUCUUGUAAAAUUGCUACGUCAAUCAAAGGCAUCUGCUUUGCGUGUUCAACUUGCUUCACUGAUCGGUCUGUUGAUUAGGCACUCUACUUUUGUUGACGACAGUUUGGCUAAUUCUGGAAUUUUAGGCUCACUGACCGAAGGCCUUAGAGACAAGCAAGAAAAAGUGAGGAGGUUUUCCAUGGCUGCAUUGGGUGAGUUGCUAUUUUAUAUAUCAACUCAAGCUGCGGACUGCAGGGAUAACAAUCAACUCGAGUCUCCAUCAAAGGACAAUAGGACUCCGCAUGGCUGGCAGGUUACAAAUUCAUUAAUAUCAUUGGUGUCAUCAAUAUUGAGGAAGGGCGAGGAUGAUAUAACUCAAUUGUAUGCGUUGAGAACAAUUGAGAAUAUUUGCAGUCAAGGAGGGUUCUGGGUGGGACGUUUGACCGGUCAAGAUGUUAUUAGUAAUCUCUGCUAUAUCUAUAGGGCGGCAGGGAAACAAGAGAGCAUGAGGCUUACUGCAGGGUCAUGUUUGGUGCGCUUAGUUCGUUUUAAUCCUCCUAGUAGUCAGUCGGUUAUAGAGAAACUCUCUUUCAAGGACCUAGCUUCCGCUCUCGUCAAGGGCAGUCCACGGGAGCAGCAAAUCAGCUUAAAUCUUCUUAACAUGGCAAUGCUUGGAAGUCACAUGUUCACAAAUAUUGGAAGAUAUCUUCUACCACUUGCGGAAGAUAAGAAUCUGAUCCCGAGUCUUUUGGCUCUUGUUGAGCAGGGUAGUGAAGUUUUAAAAGGAAAGGCGCUUGUCUUUGUGGCUCUCCUAUGUAAGCAUGGUAGGAGGUGGCUUCCACACUUCUUUUGUAGCCAAAAGUUACUUUCUGUGGUGGACAGGCUAGGAAAAGAGAAGGAUGCCUAUGUGCGGCAGUGUUUAGAUGCAUUUGUGCAUAUUGUGGCAUCUACUAUUCCGGGUUUACUGGAUAUAAUAACAGGAGAUAUCCAGCAAAUGAUGGGAGGAAGGCGCCAUGGACAUAUCUCCGCCCUCACCAGUAGAUCUGCUCCAAAAACCAACAUUCAUUUAUUUCCUGUUGUCCUUCAUCUUCUUGGAAGUUCAACUUUUAAGCACAAAGUGGUGACACCUCAAGUCCUGCGGCAGUUCGCGAAUCUAAUUAAACUCCUGGAGACACCGUUUCAGGGAAGAGAUGACUUCCAAAUAACCCAUCUUCGAAUUUUGGAGUCUCUCACGGAGGAAUCUCCUGUGAUUCUUGGCAAUCCUGACAUUUUCAUACGUGAAAUCCUCCCUAGUUUGACAGUUCUCUAUAAGGGGAACAAGGAUGGUGAUGGCAGAUUUUUGUGCCUUAAAAUUUUUUUCGAUGUGAUGAUUAUUCUUUUGAGUGAACCAAUUGAACAAGAGCAAAGAUUGAAGGAUCUGAAACUCAUAUCAAAUACCCGUUUUCUUCCUCUCUACCCGACCUUGAUCGAAGAUGAAGAUCCUAUUCCUAUCUAUGCACAGAAGCUUCUUGUCAUGCUACUGGAGUUCAGUUUUAUUACAAUUCCAGACAUUCUACAUCUGAAGACAAUUUCACAAUGCUUCGAGUUCUUGCUUGGUGAUCUGUCAAAUGCAAAUGUGAAUAAUGUUAAGCUGUGUCUUGCUCUGGCUUCCGCGCCGGAAAUGGAGUCCAAAUUACUCUCUCAAUUAAAAGUGGUUAGGAGGAUUGGCAACUUUCUUGAGUUCGUAUAUGCAAAGGGUAUGGAAGAUUUGCUGGAACCAACUCUUGGGCUGUGUAGGGCUUUUCUAGCACGUUCAGUCAGCUGUGCAAAAGGCUUCAGCUACACAUCAGAACCAACUCUCUUAGGUGAAUGUCCUUCUGAGGUGAGUGGUGCUGUUGAUCCCCAGCAAUGCAUAAGAGAUAUAACAGACUUUGGAAGCAAUGUUGGUGUCUUGCUAGAGUUGAGUGCCUCUACAGAAACCAAUAUUGCUGAUAUAGCUUCUGAAUGUGUUGUUUUACUUCUCAAGGCAGCUCCUAGAGAAGCCACCACUGGUCUCCUAACCAAUCUCCCCAAGGUCAGUGUGAUCCUAGAGUCCUGGAAUAGAGGCACCCCUCACUUAAUGGUACAGCGAAUGCUUCAUGCUUUAGGUUAUGCUUGCAAGCAGUACUUAUUGAAUGCAAUGAUAUUAUCAAUAUCCAUACCAGAGAUUUCGAGAAUUGAAGUGAUAGUUUCUGAACUCAAAAGUUCAGGUGUGCCUGGUUUAGCCAAAACUGCUGGGCUUGCAGCCAUGGAAUUGCAGCGGCUGCCUCGCUGCAUUUGAAUAAUUGUCUUAUUGAAUUCCAGAUAAAAGGUUAAGCAUUCUGGUGAAUUCCACUCAGGCUUCACUGUACUUUGUAAAGUAUGUGUACUCUGUAUCUUCGUGAACAUUAAAAUAUAAAUCAACGAAUUCUCCGUUUUUUCCCCA